AGAGCACCGAUGACGACGACUCAACGCGAUCUCGCUCCCAACCGAACCCAAAACUCAAAACCACGGGGAUUUGGAAAAUGGAUAGCGGAGCGUCGACAUUCCCUGUCGCCGCCGAACGUGCUCGCUCCCCAUGGAGGAAACGAGGAAGAAGGGAAAAGAGGCUUGAAUGACCGAGAAGCGGCGCCGGAGCAGAUUAACGAUAGAUGGUACUGGUGGCGGAGGACCCGGGAGCAUAGGAAUAGCAGUCAACAAACUGUGCAGAAAAGGCACUCUGUGGAGGGACCUCAACUUGAUGCCAUGUCAUCAGUACAUACUAAAGCCAUUAAUGGGGUGGUCGAACCCAGCUUGUCUUUGUUCAAUCAAUAAGAGGAUUUCUACCCUAUGUGAAGGGACAAGGCAGGGCCAGAGAAUUGACAGAGGACAAACAAUUUUGAUGUAUAAAGAUUCCACCAUCGAGUGAGGCACUAUAAAAGGGCAGCCCUGUCUUCGUGGACCAUCAUUGGUGGGAAGUCUGCUAGGAAAGCAGAGAGGAAGGACAGAGCUCAGCAGUGCAGCAACCUCGAAGCUAGUCUAAACUAGUGGGAGGUUGUGUGCGAGGAUGGUGCGAGGCAAGGUGCAACUCAGGCGUGUCGAGAACCCGGUCCACCGGCAGGUAACCUUUUGCAAGCGUCGGGCAGGACUACUGAAGAAAGCCCGUGAGUUGUCAGUGUUGUGUGACGCUGACAUCGGCAUCAUGAUCUUCUCUGCCCAUGGCAAGCUCUAUGAAUUGGCUACAAAGGGGACAAUGGAAAGCUUGAUUAAGAGGUACAAGAUGGCAUCUGAAGAAAGUCAAAACCAUGUGAGUGCUGCUGUGAAUCCACCUCAGGAUUCUGAACGAGAGAUUUUUCGGUUGAAACAAGAGAUCAAUGUUCUGCAAAACAGUCUGGGGCACCUUUUUGGAGAAGGAAGCCCUGGCCAUGGGCAGAUGAGCCUUGAUGAAUUGUACAUAUUGGAAAGGCACCUUGAGAUUUGGAUGGACCACAUUAGGACCAUGAAGACGCAGAUCAUGCUCCAAGAGAUUGAAUCCCUGAAGAACAAGGGGGGUAUACUGAAAGCCACCAAUGAAUUCCUUCAAGAGAAGAUUGUGGAGAAAAAUGGGCUUUAUGAUGUAGCCCCAAUGAUGGUCCAACCCAAUGGGCAUUUUGAGAUGUCCCCAAUCACAGUUGCUGACUACAUGAAUGCUUACCCACUGACUAUACAGGACCAAUUUGACAAUUUUUGGGGGCCCGAAACGGGUUUCUCCUGAUGGUAAUAAGGCUAGUUGAGGGAUCUAAACUAAUAUUUCUCAACCAAGUCCUAUUUUUAUAUUUCGCUCGUGGAACUUUUUAUGUGUCUGGUUUGUAUUGAAUAAUAUGCAUCACAACUCUCGUCCAUGCACUUUACUCCUAUGCUGGGGAGUUUAUUGCAAGGGCUUUGAUGGUUUAUUAAUUAUGUGAAAAAUCUUAAUCUGUUAAUCAUACAUUGGGAUUGUAUCGCAGUCAAUGUUUUUUUACAUAAGAAUGAAGCUUGAAUAUAUAUAUUUUUUAAAAUAAA